GUUGUAACCCUGAUUGACUGACGAUGACAGCGAAAGGGACAGUAACGAGCAACAGGAUUGUACAUCAAAACACGUCACGUGCAGCGCCGGUCCCUAAUUAGACAUAUCGCACAAGUGUCACGCCACACACAAGCACGCCCAAGUCCAAUCACAUCAAUCAAUUGCUUCAAACCCCCUGCCUGGCCUGACAGACAGCCGCGGCUAUCUUGCCCUUUCCUCCUGCUGACUGGCGGCGGUUGGCGUGCCCCCCUCUGGUGGCGCCUCCACAUCCGACGCAGCACCCUCACUGGCCGCAUUCUGAGGCUCCACUGGUAUCGACAGGAAGAUCCCCUUCAGAUGCACCGCAAAGAUGCAGGACACGAUGCGCAUCAGGAUCGUCAGUCGGCCGACGAGCAGAGGGGGGAGGAUGCCUGAGAAAGAAGAGGGAACAUAACACACACUAGUUGGCUGGGCUGGUGAAGUGAAUGCAUUCAUCGGCAUGCCAUGCGUUGCGUACCGAGUGCAAGGAAGCCAAAUAGCUGCCCCAGCAGUCCGAUGAACGAAAUGCCGAUGAACCGCUCAAAGUGCCGGUAGGCCGGCCGCAAGCACACAACGACGCCCAGGAAGUAGUACACGCAAUUGAAGCCGAUCUCGAUGCCAGUCUUCAGUCUAGCCCGCCUGCGCAACAUGUCAACGAGAUUCGGCGCCUGCACCAAUAGCACAGACAAACCACACAUGGGUCAACCAACAUGCCUACCCAUCCAGUCUACGCGUACAUUUGGGUUUUGCUUCUGCCAGUCCUGAACCUGCAAACACACAUGCAGUACAUCAACACACAGCGCGAUGGCGGAAGAAAGCUGUCCUGUCCAUGCACCAGUGCUCCGACCUGCUGGCUAUUCCUCAUGGCGUCGAGCUGCACGGGGAAGAAGCUCAGGAAGAUGAGGGUGAAGGCGCCGUUGAUGAUGAAGUCGAUGGCCAGCACACACAGGAACAGGUUCAUCUGCUGCUUGAACCUGUAUAGGAGGCCCUUCGCGAGCAUCUGCGUCACAUGCUGAUCCCGCUGAUGCAGCAGCAGGGGCAGCACCUCGGCCGCCUGUGCGCCCGCCGCAUCCAUGGCCACCCACAGUGAUGGAUGCCGCCCAGCAGAUCUCUCGAAUCGCGCGACUCUCCAG